CUGGGCAUGGCCAGAGUCCGCCCGGUCGGGCUGCCUGCCCGCCUGCCGGGGUGGUUCCGAGUGACCUUUGCCUUCGCGGGCGACCCAGGAAGACCCGAGGUCGGGCUCGGGAAGCAUCCUCUUGCGGCGUGCGCCUCCUGGGGGGAGCCCCGUGGCCUCCACAGGGCCUGCUCCCAGGAUUCAGAUAAGCCAGAAUGGAGAACAAGGACUUGGAGGCAGAGAUCCACCCGCUCAAGAAUGAAGAGUGCAAAGCCAUCGAGGGCCCAGCCAAGUGUGCUGAGAAGGAAGGAGGAGCCUCAAGAAAGUCUGGCCGGCUCUCACGAUGGCGCACAGCAGCCUUUUUCCUCUCUCUCUUCCUCUGCCUGCUGGUGGUGUUUGCCUUCUCUUUCAUCAUCCCAUGUCCUGUAAGGCCCAUUUCCCAGAGGACAUGGCACAGAACUUACGACAACGCAGCCACGUACACAUUCCUGGCAGUGGCAGAUGUGGACAAGGACAGAGUGCAGGAUGUCCUCUUUGCCUUCAAAGCGGCUGCUGCGGGCGAGCUCAACAGCAGCAGUGGUGUGAACAGCUCUUGCUCAGAUGCAGGCUUUGCCACCCCAUGUGCCUUUGUGGCUGCUCACUCAGGAACAAAUGGGAGCACCCUCUGGCAGAGGCCCGUGGCCAAAGACCUCCUCUGGAUGGACUGCUCAGCCGAACAAGAGGACAGCCCAGCUUGCCUUCUUAUAGGAAAGCCAGAUUUUCUAGCUGCCCUCGACUUAGAGACAGGCCAGACCCUGUGGCAGAGGGCAGCCAACUUUGGAGCGAAUUCUACAGUGCUAAGUCCCUUGUUGAAGGUCCCGGAUGUCAGUGGGGACGGUGUGCCCGACCUCUUGGUCUUCGCAGCGGUGGGAGAGGAGAUCAAAAGCUGCUUCCACUCGGGGAAGGAUGGCACCCAGAUUGGCUUCAGCGGCAGCUUCCGUGUGCCGGGCAGGACUGGCCACCUCCUGCAGGUCACCCCGGCUGGCGCCCACUACGUUCUCUUCCGCACAGCGAAGGCCCUCUAUGGCUACUCCCUGGAUGAGAUUUACCAGGCGGCACUCAAUUCAUCGGCGCGUGGCCAGCCCGGCCUGAAGAGGGAUCCGCGCUGGGAGCUGGCUGUUGACAGAGCUACCCACCAAGUCUCCUUGCCCAGCUCCGGAGAUAUCCACUACUUGACAAAAAUGCCUGCGAAACUGGGGACCAACCUGUUGGUUGCGAGGUCGUCUGUGCUGGAGCUGGUGGAUGGACAGCACCUGGGUUCCGUGUGGGUUGCUGACAUACCGCACAUCAUGAGCGAGCCAGUACUCGGGGCAUACAGUGCCGAUGCGGUUGAUGUUAUCACUGAAAGCAGAGUCUCGGCCAGCAAGAAGAAGGUCAUGAUUGUGGAGAGCAGAUCAGGAGACAUCAAGUGGCAGGUGGAGCUGUCCCAAGGAGCGUGGACUCCCAGGCCUGCCAGCUUGGCCACAACGGAUCACAGAUCUGCCUUCCUCUUCUGGGGCACGUAUGAGGGGGACACAAAUGGAACUGCAUCCGAGGAGGGGGCUCUGCAGCCGCACCUGUACCUGUUCCACCCCUCCCUCCCCAACGUGCUCCUGGACAUGAGCAGCAGCACGGAGCCCAUCGCGGCCUUUGAAGGGGUGCUGUUCGAGCGGAGCCGCCACGCCUGCUACGUGCUGCUGACCGGGCCCCGUGUGGGCAGUGCGCCCGGCAGCAUCGUGCUGUCCAAGCGGAAGCUGAAGGAGGACGUGGUCGGCAGCCGCGUCAUCUGGCUCAGCUCCUUGGCCCCGGACACAGAGCAGCACGUGCGGGAGCGCUUCCUCCGGAUGAGGUACCGCAGCCUCCGGUGAGCGGGGUGGCACGGCAGAGAUGGACCAGCUGGCCCAGCAGCCCCGGGGGGGCCAAGUCCUGUGCCCUGGUGGAGGCGGAGCCUGCUGCCGUCCCAGCGCCCCAGCCCAAGAAGACUGCCUGGAUGGAGCGGGGAGCCUGGCGCGGGGACGGGGACGGGGUGCCCCCAGCGCUCUCUUGCCCCCAUCCUGGAGGCAGUGCUGUGGUGGGUGGCGCCGGGCUGGACUGAGGGGACAUGCUGGUGGCUCCUGCUUCCCAGGCCUGCGUUCCCUGCCUCUGGGCGGCUCUGAAGCAACUCUCCGCAGGCGCCUUCCUUCUCAGGGCAAGAGCACCGAGCCUGUGACCAGGGCGCCGGGCAGUCCCUUGCCUAGCGUUUCGCCCGUGGACAGCUGUGGCUGCGGCCACUGCCACUGUCACCGCUGCUGCUGUGGAUGGGUUUCCUGCUCCAGCUGCAGGCCCACCAGAGCACGUCCCUGGGGGGGGGGCCUUCCGCAACCUGCUGCUGGGAGAGGCCCCCAGCCUCCCUCUGCCACUGGCCUUUGCCUGGGGGGCUUCUGAAGCUGGCAAGGGAGGGACCCCUUUUGAAGGUGCUGCGUGGGCAGCCCUCACCUCUGCUUGGCAGGAGCAAGGCUGCCUCCCAGCCCUUCAUACCAGCUGCCUUCUCUGCCGUGAUCAGCUUCAGCUGUGGCCUCUCUGUUCGGCCUUGAUUCAGUUGUCCGUGGUGGCGGUGGCGGCUUCAGGCAGGCGGCUGUGAGCUCCCGUGUCCUACACUUGCAGUGCCCUGGAAGGUAGACCAGCUGCCUGCCUCCAUCGUGGCUUCAAUAAAGCCUCUGUUUUGUCCACUCUGAAA